AUGGCGCCCUAUGCUGAUGAUUUGAAAAAACAUUUCCAAAAAAACAACAAAAUACGCGAAUAUCAGGCACAUUCCUCCAAAGUUCAUUCGGUAGCAUGGAGUGCUGAUGGUCGAAAAUUAGCUUCAGGCUCUUUUGAUAAGACUGUCUGUUUGUUUUCGCUCGACAGAGACCGAUUACGACAAGAGCACACCUGCAGUGGCCAUGGUGACAGCGUUGAUCAGCUCUGCUGGCAUCCAACCAAUCCUGAUCUGCUGGCGACGGCGAGUGGGGACAAGAGCGUUAGAAUCUGGGAUGCCAGGACUUCAAAGUCAGCUGCAACAAUCAACACAAAAGGUGAAAACAUCAACAUUUGUUGGUCACCCGAUGGCACAACAAUAGCAGUUGGCAACAAAGAUGAUCUGGUCACAUUCAUUGACUCCAAGACCCACAAACCACGCACAGAUGAGCAGUUCAAAUUUGAAGUGAAUGAAAUCUCAUGGAACAAUACGGGCGACUUGUUCUUUCUGACAAGUGGUCAGGGUGCUAUUCAUAUUCUGAACUACCCGGAGCUCAAAGUCCAAUACGUGUUAAAUGCCCAUCCAGCCAACUGUAUAUGUAUAGAGUUUGACCCAAAGGGAUAUUACUUUGCUACUGGGAGUGCCGAUGCUUUAGUUUCUCUGUGGGAUUUGGAGGAAUUAGUUUGUGUGCGCACAUUAUCAAGGUUAGACUGGCCCGUCAGGACGCUCAGCUUCAGCUACGAUGGCCGGAUGCUAGCGUCUGCCUCUGAGGAUCUCAUCAUUGAUAUUGCUGAUGUGGAGACUGGUGAGAAGAUAGCAGAUGUACCCUGUGAAUCGCCCACGUUUACCGUCGCAUGGCAUCCUAAACGCCACCUAUUGGCAUUCGCAUGUGACGACAAGGACAAAUACACACGAGACAGAGACGCUGGUACUGUGAAGUUGUUUGGACUGCCAAGUGAAAGUAAUAGUGAUAGAUGAGGAAGACCAACCUCAUAUGUUUUACGGUGCAGAUUUAUGACUUUUCAAUAUUCAUCAGAACAUUUUGAGGAGGUGAGAAACAAUUGGUAAAUAAUACCAUGGUCUUUGAACACGUCUUCAUAAGAGAUUGACUGUAUGGAUCAUUAAGGGUUUAGAACUUCCCCUGAUGUAAAGACUCACCAGACGGGAUGCCAUCUGAAUGGUGGAGUGCCUUUAAGUUUGAUUUCUUGAUGUUGGUUCAGUUGGCAUGAUGCAUGAUUUGCAUGAUUGAAUGCAGAGGAUAUUGUGAGGAAGAUGUUCCCUUAAUGAGCACAAAAGAGAUCAGGAAUCAGACCAUUCCAAUGUUGUAUCUUUGACUAUGUCCAUCACCUGUUUCAUCCUUUGGUAUGAUGUAUUUAUGUAGUGUAUGAGAAAUAGUUCCAACUUCUCUGAUACACAAACAGCUUGUAAAUAGA